CCCGACACCGGGAACAGUCAACGACUCGCUCGCAGUCAACAACACCGCGAUUUCAUUUCGAAGGUCGUGACUGCAACUGCAACGAACAAAGCGCAAUCUGGCCCCGAAAAGUGGCCGAAAAAGGCGCGUCGUACGAAAAAGAAGCGUGGCGGCGCUGGCCGCGCUCCGCUGCCGAAGGUAGCCGAAGAGACAGUCGAAGACGGGGAGCCGAACGUGACGGUUUCGAGGCCGCCGCAGGUUACACCAUUGGAGCGCCCGCAGCGAAGGGACAUGGCUACGAGCACCACGGAGGAAAUCGAGGAAGUCGAUCGAAAGCAGACGGAGGCGGUGAAUUCCGGUGAAUUUCCGCCCGAAUACCUGAUCAAGCAUCCGCUGCAGAACAGUUGGACUCUGUGGUAUUACGAGCCUGACAGGAACAAGCCGUGGGAGGAGAGCCAGCGGGAAAUAACGAGCUUCGAUACGGCCGAGGAUUUCUGGAGUUUAUACAACCAUAUAAAGACGGCAUCCGAAUUGAGGCAAGGUUGUGAUUAUAGCAUGUUUAAACAAGGGAUCCGACCCAUGUGGGAAGACGAUCAGAAUAAAUGCGGCGGACGAUGGCUGAUAAAUCUAGAGAAGAAGCAACGUUCUACGGAUCUAGAUAAUUUUUGGUUAGAAAUUUUACUCUGCAUGAUCGGGGAAGCCUUCAACGAGUACUCGGACGAUGUAUGUGGAGCUGUAGUAAAUAUUAGGCCAAAAGGAGAUAAACUUGGUGUUUGGACCUCGAACGCAAAUAGUGAAGAUAGUGUUAUGGAAAUUGGCCGCAAACUGAAGGAAAGAUUGAGGAUCACACCUAAAAUGUCUAUGGGAUAUCAAGCGCACAAGGAUACCAUGGUCAAAGCUGGGAGUCAAACAAAAAAUACCUAUACGCUUUAAAUAUUUUUCUUUUUCUUUUUUAUUUUAAUACUUAUAUGUUAAAUAAACUCAAAAUUUAUAUAUAUCA